UCAGCCAAUCGAAGCCAAACAGUGCAGAAGAAAGAAGCCAGGCGAAGGGACGUAAACACUUUUGAUAACGAAGUUUAUAUCCAGAUUCCAAAGACGCUAGAUUGUGACAUAACUAGAGAUUUUCCUGGCAUCGGUAAUUGCAAGUGGAGAACAUAUAUUUCAAAGCAUAUCACACGAAACCACUCUUAACGAAGACAGUAUGUCUUUGAAAAAUGGUAAAAAAAUAACCCCAGACGAUGAUGGCGUCCAAGAUGGCGAUAUUAUUGUCAAUGACGUGAAUGGAAAUAUAGACAACAGCGAAGAUUCAUCGAAUGAUAGCAACACUAAAGAUGUUAGGAGUUUUAAAAAAUCAAAGAGGCUAAACUUGCGAAAAAGUCCGUCAACAGACAAUAAUGUGUUAAUAACGGACAACCAUCAUAAAAUUAAACCAACUUGUCCACAACCGUUCACGAAAAACAGCAAGAAGUCACGAAACGGAAAAGGACGGGGACUACCGAAGAAAGGUGGUGCUGGUGGUAAAGGUGUAUGGGGAAAACCUGGAGUUGAAAUGUUUGAAGAUGGUAGAUGCAAUGAUAGUCAUGACCCUAACUACGAUUCUGAUAAUGAGGAAAAAUUUAUAGUUGAAGCCAUUGAUCCCCCUAUUGUUAAAGAAGAUUUUGAGAAAAUUGUUGAACCACUUAUUUUAGAAUAUUUUGAACAUGGUGAUACUAGUGCUGUUUUGACUGAAUUAGAUUGUAUGAACUUGGGACCUUCUAAAACAAAAAUGGUAGAAUUAGUAAUUAGUAUGGCAUUGGACAGAAAAGCUACACAUAGGGAGAUGACAUCUGUAUUGAUAUCAGAUCUGUAUGGUAAAUUUCUAACAUCAGAAGAAGUAUCUACUGGGUUUGAUGAUCUACUUGGUUCUUUAUCGGAUCUGACUAUUGAUACUCCAGAUGCUCCAAUAGUUGUGGGCCAGUUUAUUGCUAGGGCUGUUGCUGAUGACUGUCUUCCACCUAAAUACAUCAGCAAAUAUAAAGGAAAACUAGAAUGUGCCAAAAGCAGGGAAGCUUUAGAGAAAGCUGAUGUCUUGUUAAAUCAGAGACAUGGUAUUGUUCGCCUAGAUAAUAUCUGGGGAACAGGAGGAGGUAUCCGUCCAGUUAAAUCUCUCAUUAAAAAUAUGGUGAUGUUAUUAAAAGAAUAUCUUUCAUCGGGUGAUAUUCCCGAAGCUACAAGAUGUCUUAAACAAUUAGAAGUGCCCCAUUUCCAUCAUGAGCUGGUUUAUGAGGCUGUAGUGAUGAUGUUAGAGAAUUCAACCAAUCGGGCUAUGGUCAGGAUGUGUAAAUUGCUCAAAUCAUUGGUCACGUCUGUCAUAAUAACUCCAGAUCAACUUGUUCAGGGAUUUAAACGUGUGUAUGCAGCUAUGCCAGAUCUGUGUUUAGAUGUACCAAAUGCAUACUCAUUUUUGGAAAAAUUUGCAAAUGUCAGUUAUAAUGAAUCAGUUAUUUCAGCUGAAUUACUAAAAGAAUUGCCUCAAAGAGGCCGUAAGAGAUUUGUGUCUGAAGGUGAUGGGGGACUCUUGAAGGAAGUUGCCCCAUAAAACGGGUUUUCACUGGGUGACGGUUGAGCAUUCAUUCCAUUUUACAUGUUUAUGUAUACACAUUGAAUGCUUUCAUGCAUAACAAGACAGUAAAAAAAACUAAAAAUAAGAAAAUGUGUGAAAAUUAUAUUUUGUGUUUGUUUAAAUAUUUUUUCCCUAUUGGAAUUUAAAUCAUCUAGUUAUAUUGAGAAUUAUUUGUUGAGGCAAGUCUGAUAAUGGUGCAUUAAAACCAAAGAAAUGGCUUGAAAUAGCUUAGAGGAUUAUAUCAUACCGGUAGUUUGUUCAAAAGAAUUUUAUAGAAUUUUGAACGAAAUUUCUUUUGACUAGCUUAGAAAAAUACCAGUAAAUUAUGUUGCAUGCACAUUUAAUAAACUUAUUGUAUAAAAGUUCUUAUUAUGCAAAUAAUUGGUUCAUGAAUUGAAUUGUUACUGUUGAAGAUUGAUAAUGGACCAGGAAAUCAAAAUUGUUAAAAUGGAUUUGUGUUAAGCAAAUACCUCUUUGCUAGUCCAGUUCAGUGUCAACCAAACUGAUUCCGUGUUUAUUUAAAUGAAUGAAAGAUAAUGAGUUUCUGAGAAGGUUACAAUUCCAAUUCUUGUUCAACAGACCCUCAAUAAUAAAUAUAAGAGAUUAUUAUACUAGUAGACUAUCAAAGGGUCUGGAUGAAUAAGCAUAUGUUAUUGCAAUCCUAAGAAUUAACUCAAUUGUUCGAAGCAUGGACAUUCUGUUAUAAAAAUGUGUAGUAAUGUUGAUUUUUUCAGCUCCCUUACGCUUUGCUGCUUCACUUGUAAUAUCUAUUUUGGGUUUGUAUUGGUUGACACGAUUUUUUGCUUUAAGAGAGGGUUUAAUGGUUUGCCUGAAUCAAAUUGUAUUUGUGUUAACAACCUAAACAUGUUAGUUAUUGUGACACAUCAUAGUUUAAAUAUUGUUCAUAGUUGAUGUACAUUAAUUUGUAUUUUUUAUAUUUGAAUUCUAUCAAUCAUCUCCAAGAUAUGGGACUUGAAUUUCAUUAUGGUUUCACGGAUAUAUCCAUAGAACAAAUGAUAGCAUGACAUACCUGCUGUUAGUAGCACAUCUGACAACUCAAGAAAUCAUUAAUAGUUAUAAUGAUUACUCUGUAUACAGAGUUGCAGAUGGCAAAGCAAACUAUCCAGGUUCAAUUUGAAAUGUCCCUAAUUAACAAUGUUUAUUACAAAUUAACCAAUGAAUUAAGAUGAAAAUGUCUUACAAAUUUGAAAAUAGAAAGUGAGUCGACAUUUAAUUAAAUUGGGCUAGAGAAGAGCUGUGACAUAACCAGUUAAAGUUAAACCUGGGGUACUGUCAUCUGCAACUCUCUAGAAAAGUGAGUUAGGAAAUGUCAGCCCCAUACCCUACCCUCAGUUUCUUCAUGUGUGCUAUUUCUUUUUAUUAUAUUAUGGUCUCGACAAAUAAAGUUGUUGAUAAAAUUA